AAGCCACAUUAGAAAACCCUAACCCUAGCAUUUCUUAUCUUUCAAUCUUGCAAGUCGUCGGCCAAUCACUCCUAAGCCUCCGCCGAUCCAAGCAAUGGGCCGUGUCCGCACGAAGACAGUGAAGAAAUCGUCUCGUCAGGUAAUCGAGAGGUACUAUUCUCGUAUGACCCUUGAUUUUCAUACCAACAAGAAGAUCGUCGAAGAGGUGGCUAUUAUACCAUCCAAGAGGCUCCGCAACAAAAUCGCCGGUUUCUCCACCCAUUUUAUGAAACGUAUCCAGAAGGGUCCGGUUCGUGGGAUUUCUCUUAAGCUUCAAGAGGAAGAGCGCGAGCGUCGCAUGGAUUUCGUCCCCGAUGAAUCGGCUAUCAAGGUCGACCAAAUCGAAGUUGAUAAGGAAACCCUUGAUAUGCUUUCGGUUCUUGUAAUGACUGAUAUUCCUGGGCUUGUUAAGGUUGACCCAGUUUCUGUUCCGGUCCCUCGGGUCGGGUUCGAUUGUGGUGGUAGACCGGGGAGAAGGUUUUAAGUAAUGGGUAUUCGU